AACCAAAAUGGCUGCCUUCGGAGACACGUUCCCCUUCUAUACUGGCCCCAAGUCGAUCUUCCCAAUGGACACUGCCUUGUCUGUCAUCAUCACCAUUUUUCUGACAGCACUGGUCACCUUCAUCAUCAUCCUGCCUGGCAUUCGGGGCAAGAUGAGGCUGUUCUGGCUGCUGCGGGUGGUGACCAGCUUGUUCAUCGGGGCUGUGCUCCUGGCUGUAAAUUUCAGUUCUGAGUGGUCUGUGGGCCAGGUGAGCACCAACACAUCAUAUAAGGCCUUUAGUUCCGAGUGGAUCAGCGCUGAAAUUGGGCUGCAGAUUGGACUGGGAGGAGUCAACAUCACGCUCAUCGGAACCCCAGUGCACCAGCUGAAUGAGACCAUCAACUAUAAUGAGGAGUUCACCUGGCACCUGGGAGAGAGCUAUGCUAAGGAGUAUACAAAGGCGCUGGAGAAGGGGCUGCCAGACCCAGUGCUCUACCUGGCCGAGAAGUUCACCCCAAACAGCCCAUGUGGUCUGCAUGGCCGGUACCGCCUGGCAGGACACUACACCUCAGCCCUGUUGUGGGUAGCAUUCCUCUGCUGGCUGCUGUCCAACGUGAUGCUGUCCAUGCCCGUGCUGAUCUACGGGGGCCACAUGCUGCUGGUCACAGGCAUCUUCCAGCUGUUGGCACUGUUCUUCUUCUCUAUGGGCAUGUCACUCACUCCAGCCUGUCCCCUUCGCCUGGGCACUGCUACGCUGCACACUCACCAUGGCCCCGCCUUCUGGAUCACAUUGGUCACAGGACUGAUCUGUGUGCUGCUGGGCCUGGCCGUGACGGUGGCCAACAAGAUGCAGCCCCACAGGCUGAAAGCUUUCUUCAACCAGAGUGUGAUGGAGGACCCUGUGCGGGAGUGGAGUCCUGAAGAAGGAGGACUCCUGAGCCCCCGCUACCGGCCCAAGGCUGAGAGUCCCGAGCCCCAGGAUAUCCCGUUGUCAGAGGCUUCUGCCGAGGCCAACUGCAGUGAAGAGCACCCUGAAGAGCCUGACUGUGCCCUAUAAAGUUCCCCACUCUGGUGGCCACCUGGACUUCCUGUGCGGCUCCAGAUCUCAUUGAAGCUCCAUAAAACCACCAGAAUCACCCACAGGACUGCAAUCUGUAGGUGGAGUAGAAAUAGAAGCAUCUACUGAUUGAUGAUAA